AUGCAAUUUUUGAAUUAUUUGGACAUAGUAGAUGCAGGACUGUCAUUUUUGUGCUGUAUUAUUGAUAUAUAGAAACUUGACAUCAAUAUAUCCAUUGGGAUGAUAUGUAGAAUUAUUUUUUUUAUUGUCGCAAUUAUGUUGCGUGAUCUUAACUACUACACUCUUGAUGAACUUAUAGCAUAACUAGUUGGAUGGUUUAUUUUUCAUGUUUAUAUCAUCUGUUUUGAAUAUCGAUAUUUUAAGCAUGGUGAAUCAGAUAUGAUGUUUAGAGAAAAAUAUUAUAAAUUUAUGGAUACAUGUUAAUUAAUAGUUGGAACAACAUUCCUUGCUUAUACUUUUGAGUCUAUUAUUGAAAUAUUAACUUUAGUUUAUUUUUCAAUUAAUCUUGCUUUAAAUGUAUUUGAAUUAAUCCACCUUUUAUGGUCUAAGAAAUCUCAAAUAAGUAAUUACAACAAAAGAGAUGGGUUUUUAUAAAUGUAUUUUGGUUUAAUUUUAGGAAUACUUGUAAUUAUAUUUUUUCUAAUCUACUUGGCAAUAAAAUAUUAAGAAGAUUUAGAAGAAGAAAGUCUAAAAUUAAUUUUAUAUAUUACCAUUUUUGGGGAAUUUUCAGGUCUUUGUCUAUCUUUUUUGUUGUAUUGUAUAUAUAGAUCCCACAUUAAUUGGUCAAAUGAUUUAACUAAAGGAUCUUUGGGAUUUCUUUAUGGAAUAACAGUUGGAUUAUUCAGUGUUUUCUAUGGAUUAGUUAUCGGAUUUGCAGUAAUCUGUUAUAUCUUUUACUUUUGUUGUUAUUGUUGUAUACAUGAUGAAAAAAAAAAAGUCCAUCCAGAAAGUUAAUAAUGA